GAAUGAACCGAGUACAAAAUAAAAGUCAAUUUUUACUUUAUGCUUAUGUUUCAAACUAAAAUAUAAUUUAAACAUGAAGUUAUUAUCCCUCCUGUUUCUUGCUGUAAUUGCAUCUUUAUUAUUAUCUUGUCCAGCAAAAAAGACAUAUAAAAAAAAAGCCUUGAAUCGUUCAUUUUUAUCAAACUUAAAAAGUCUUCUUCCCGAUUAUUUUUCUGAAAAGCAGUGUCAGGCAACUAAACAAAAAAAAGAGACACCCAGUGCAGCUAGAGGUGACUCUCCAAUCAAAUCCUUUGGAUACCCAGAUUUUAACAUCAACACAAAAAGUGUUAGCUUAGAUCCAAAGGCAUCGCUUUCGGUUAUUUCGAGUUUUAAAAGCCCAAUAAAUCUAGGAGUAUACGAUUUUUUAAUUGCUGGUAAACCAAAUGAGCUGCAAGCUUUUUUUAACUGUUUUAGUGAUUAUGAAGUAAAUGGGUUUAUUUUGACUGAAAAUGGAAAAUGGGAAAAAAAUAAAGGAACUAUUAAAAUACAGUUGUCAAAUUUAAUCAAAGCUCCAAAGGUUACGGAAAGUGUGUUUGAAAUGAUAUUUUCUCUCGGAAUGGAUAAAAUUACAAAGUAUUUAGAUCCAAAAGCCAUAAUAGGUCAGUCGUUAUUUGGUAAUCCGAAUGUUUUGAACAAUAUUGAAAAAAUUAAAGAUGCAUGGAGAUUAGCUAAAAAAUAUUUACCCAUUCCUGACAACCUUGUGGAUAAAGUUGCAGAAAUAUGUGCCAAAGACAUUCCUUUAAACAAAAAAAUAAAAGAGUUUUUUAAUUUGUUAAAAAGUGCACAUAAUGCAUUAUCAGAUUUUAAAAAACAAUGGAAAGGAAAGGACAACGUUAAUAGAAAUUCAAAAGUGUUGGUUUCUUUGACAAUGUAUUCGAAACCAGAAAAUAAUGUGAGGGCAACUUAUGAUACAGGGAAAUCUGUAAUAAAAUUAAAAGAUAUUGGCGAUGCAGUAAAUACAUUUAUGACAAAGAUUGCAUAGCAAAUUGGUUCCUAACAGCCAUAUAAAAUACAAUUUUCAAUAAUUUGUGGCUAAGUUUAUGCCUUGAUAUACCGUAAAUGGUUGAUUAGGCACUGAGAGUUGGGAGU